UGUUUACCGCCUGUUGUACCUUCAGACUUGUAGUACACAGAUUGCAACACCGCUCUCCACUGCUGGGGCUUUCAUCCACAACAACAUAUGUAGCUUCAGCGUUGCGAUCCUGUAGCCACAGGGUUGACUACUGUAUAACUUUAAUCCGUGUAUCGUCAUGGCCGUGGUUACUAAGGAGACAUGAAGACGUGACAUUGAAACGUGAGCAGGCCGGGGAGGAUCCUGGAGGUUUCCUGACUCAAGCUGACCGGAGUUCAGUUAACGAUAAGUGGGGCUGAGACUCGGGCCUCACUUCACCUCAUGUCACAAUUGCAAAAAAAAAGCACUGGUGAUGUGGAGGACUACAAAAGCCUGACAUUGUUUAAAUGAAUACACGGAGUUUUUAACUUAGUGGAAACCACCAACCUUCGCUGAACUAGCUGAGCUAGCCUGUUAGCUGGUCGUGCUAACUGCGGUGGCAGCAGCAGCCGCCGUGGUGUGAGUGGCUGGCUGUGUGGGCUGACUAACGGGUUGCGUUUGGAGAGUGGAGCUGCUCGCCGUUGCCCUGAAUUCAGGAGGACUCCCCGGCUCCGGCCCCCUAAAGCGGGCAGUCAGGAAGAAGCUGACUGGAAAGGGAUGGCCUGGUCGGUCUUCCCGUUCUAUAGGACAAGGCUCUGCGGUGUUUGAAGGAGGUCGAGUUCGGCUAGAAGCCACCACCGCGGGUCGAGGCGCUAUGAUGGCCGCCUCCCCUUCCUCGGCCGGCGGCUUCACGGCCUCCGGGCUGUCGGUCAGAAAGAGCGAGGAAAUAGCGGAUUUGAUAGAUUUGUUUUCCAAAAUGCAGUACAGAGCAAAGGAAGUCACUCCUCGGGUGGAGGCAAUAGAGAAGCGUUGUCUGGAGUUAUUUGCCAGAGAUUACAAGUACAGUAUCAUCCACAACUCCAAUGGAGAAGUGUGCGGGCAUUACCCCCGGCAGAUAGUUUUCCUGGAGUACGAAUGCACAGAUGUCGAGAGAGACAGGUUUGAGAGCGCAGUGCAGAUCAGUAAGCUGCAGGACCUGGUGAACCGGAGUAAGCUGGCUCGUUGCAGAGGAAGGUUUGUCUGUCCUGUCAUCCUCUACAAUGGCAAGCAUAUUUGCAGGUCGUCCACUCUGGCAGGAUGGGGGGAGCUGUAUGGACGCACGGGGUACAACUACAUCUUCUCAGGGGGCACUGAUGACACAUGGACAGAGUCUGAGGAGGUUCCAGAGGAUGACAGUGCAGUCAGGAACGGGGACUCCCAGCUCUUUGACAAGGUUCGAGGCCACGACAUUAAGCUGCUACGUUACCUCUCGGUUCGCUACAUCUGUGACCUGAUGGUGGAGAACAAGAAGGUUAAGUUUGGCCUAAAUGUGACAUCCUCUGAGAAGGCAGACAAGGCCCAACGCUAUGCAGACUUCACAUUGCUCUCUGUGCCUUACCCAGGGUGUGAGUUUUUUAAGGACUACAAAGACAGAGACUACACAGCAGAGGGUUUGGUGUUCAACUGGAAUCAGGACUAUGUGGAUGCUCCUUUGACAAUCCCUAUGUGCUUUACUCAGAACUUGAACAUUGAUUGGACUCGAUACCAGGUUACUCUUCUUCUUUAUGUCUUCACUCUGUUGCACACUCUAUCAGCUCUGACUCACUUUUUUUCUCUAAUAUUUGUGGUGUGUCAGUGCCAUCUGUUGUCCAACCUGCAAAGUGCUUUGGUCAUGUUCACCUACAGUGAUAGUCACAGUGUUUGA